AGGAGUCCUUGGCGGGCGGCGCCCCCAGCCUCUGUGCCGCCCGCCCAAGAGCUGGGUGCUGCUGCCGCCGCCGCCGUCGCCGUCGCCGCGCCCCGCACCCGGCACCCAGCUCGCUCACUCCGCUCGCUUCCCCUCGCCCACGGGGAAAGGUCAGCAGCGUCCUGGAGUCGCCGUGUCGUUCCCCGACAGCCAUGAACUGCAGCGAGAGCCAGCGGCUGCGAACCCUCCUAAGCCGCUUGCUGCUCGAGCUGCACCACCGGGGUAACGCCAGCGGCCUGGGCCAGGGCCUGAGCAUGGGCAUGGGGGUCGUGCCUGACCCCUUCGUGGGCCGCGAGGUGACCAGCGCCAAGGGCGACGAUGCCUAUCUCUACAUCCUGCUCAUCAUGAUCUUUUACGCCUGCCUGGCCGGAGGCCUCAUCCUGGCCUACACCCGCUCCCGCAAGCUCGUCGAGGCCAAGGACGAGCCUUCCCAGGUCUGCGCCGAGCACGAGUGGGCCCCGGGAGGUGCUCCGGCCGCCGCCGACGCCGAGACUGCCGCUGGCUCACCGGCUGAGGGCCGCCGCCUGCUUGCCACCGGGGGGCUCCCUGCCCUCGCCCAGGGCGCCGAGGGGGUCUAGAACCACUGCCCCAACUUGCUCGUGCCUGCCUCAUCUCGCUUAUCCCAGGGCACAGCCCUGACACCAUGCUCCAGCCUUCUGGGAACUGAAUCCAGCAAAUCCAACACUUGGCAUUGAAUGAAGCAGUGAAGUCUAUCAAACUCUGGGCCGUCUAACUGGCAGCUACUCUAGGGGCCGCCGGGGACUGCUCACUCUGCAGAGCCAACAGGCUUGCCAUCACUGCCAGACCAGCCGCAGCAGUUCCAGCUUCCUGUUGCCUUAGGGACAGAAACAAAGAAAAUGAAGCGAUCUCAGGCAUCUUUUCCCUUCCUCCCUCUUUCAGCAGCGAGCUAGCAGGACACUGGGACCAGUCUGUGGCAGAGAAUGGACUUAAUAGGACUGAAGGGGGAGGGGAGCUUAAAAGGGAGGGAACACCUAUGACCCCAAAUGUAUGGUUUUCCUGCAUCCCCAGUUGUCACCCCAAAGGUAACUUGCCUGAUUUUUAGUAGCUUUGCCAUCUUCUGCUCUCAGUAGCCAUUACUGGGUGUAUCACCCCAAUACCUCCAUAUGCCUCUUCUAUAUUGAUUCAGUUGUUAUUGCAGCUGUCUACUUCUCAAUGGAUCAUGAGGCUCAGACAUUCCCUGCUCUGUAAUCCUGGGGAAUAUCAG